UGAAUGACCCUUCAAUAUAGAUGUAUUUACGUCAAAAAUAAAUAUAAACCCUUACUACUGAGCUAGAACAGGGGUUGGCAACAUUAAAAUGUGGAUUAUAUUGUGGAAUUCUUUACUUUCCAGUCCAAAUGAUGGUAUCUGCCAGAAACUUGAAGUACACAACAUUAACAUUUUAAAGUAUAUUUUUAUACAUUCUUAAAAGAAAAUUUCUUUUUGGACCUCAGUCCACAAAUACACUAAUAUUACUGAUCACAUAAAUGUGUUCUUAUAUGUAUUGGAUUCUUUGUUGUGAGUAACUGUAAAAUGCUUAUGAAUUGUGAGCUGAACUGUACAAGAAGGAACUCAUGCCAGUCUAAGACAGUGGAUGGUCUGGCAAAAACUUACUUCCCAAUGCAAGAUUUAGCCCACGGAGAAUAUGAAUGGAAGGAUCCAGAAACAGAAGAUGAAGUGGUAAAUAUAACUUAUAUUGAUAAAAAUGGGAAUAAAAUACCUAUUAGAGGCAAAGUUGGGGAUAAUGUCCUGUACCUUGCACAUCGGUAUGGAAUUGAAAUGGAAGGAGCCUGUGAAGCAUCAUUGGCCUGUACCACUUGUCAUGUAUAUGUUCUCGGAGAUUUCUUGGAAAAGUUGCCUCCUCCAGAAGAGAAGGAAGAUGAUCUUUUGGACAUGGCACCUUUUCUGAAGGAAAAUUCAAGACUAGGUUGUCAGAUUAUUUUGAAAAAGGAAUAUGAAGGAAUGGAACUUCAACUCCCACAAGCAACUAGAAAUUUUUAUGUUGAUGGCCACAAACCAUCUCAUUGAACAAGUGUAGUGUUGCAAUAUGAUAGUUAAGUGGGCAGUGAGCCUGCAUUUCUGUUUUAUUGUUUAUGCUGUGUGUGAAACACUUCCUAAUAAAUGGCUGAAGGAGUGGUUUAAUAUGGAUGAAAAACAAAUCUGAUCUUUGUACAGUUGUGUUUAUUGACUGUUGGUGUUAUAGUAAUGCCAUUUCUGUUUCAAUCUUUUUACAAUAGAAGUGCAGUUGAUAUGUAUUUAAAAUAAAGUAAAAAUGAAAUGAAUUAGCGUAA